AUGGUGAAUACUCGGAGUAGACGGGAUACCUCUCCGGAAGGUCAUGCGGUAACCGAGUCUACUGCGGAUCAACCGCCACGAAUCACUAUUUCAAGGGUUCAUCCUAGGCAAGAUACUUGGGGCGGUGGAGUGGAGCAGGUUCCUCAAGUCGACCUUGCCACCACUAACCCCAUUAUGGAAGAAGAAACCCCAGAAUCAAGAAUGAUGGGCACUAUGAUGAACGCCAUGAACCGAGCUAUGGCACAACAACAAGAGUUCUUUAUGAAGCUGCUAGAGGAUAGAGAUGCCAACAAUCGUAAGCAUGAAGCAGUCGCCGAGAACGUAACCAUUGUGGGAUCCGAAGGUACCGGAAAUGGAAUUCCAACUCAAGAAUUAGCGACAAUUGAUGCAAGACAGGUGGGAAGAAUUUGUUCUUACAAGACAUUUUUGAGUUGCAAACCGUCGGAAUUCGAUGGGUCAGAUGAUCCCGUAGCAUGUAUGAACUGGCUUCGAGAGAUCGAACAGGCCUUCAGGGGUUGUGACUGUGAUGAAGGAGAAAAGACAAGAUUUGGCUCUCAAAUGCUAAGGGGUGCAGCCCUUACCUGGUGGAACAUUGUAAUAUCAACUUUAGAGACUACGGAGUUGGCCAAGAUGAGUUGGGUUACUUUAAAAAAAAAGGUAUUGGAAGAAUUUUGCAAUGAACAAGAGAUGGACCGCAUUGAAGAAGAAUUCCGAACCCUCAAGAAAGGGAAUUUGUCGGUGGGGGACUACACGCGACUUUUUAUGGAGAAGUUGAACUUGGUAGGGCAUGUGGCCCCAAUGGAGAAAGAAAGGAUGAAAGCCUACCUCAAGGGAUUGCCUGCGGACAUGAUGGUAAUGGUCAGGAACUCCAGAGCCUCCACCCUUAGGGAAGCAAUCGAAGAGGCAAAAGUCAUGGAGUCUGUCUUUGCUAAAGGAAGAGAAGAGAGAACGUCGGGUGGUGAGAAGAGGAGAUGGGAAGGGCAUCUUGCACCCUCCAAAAGGUCAAACCACUCCAACAGUAACAAUCGCGGGGCCUACCCGAGACAUGAGGCAAAAUGGUGUCCCAAGUGUUGCAGCAGACAUCACGGCCCGUGUAGUACCAAUCCUACCCCCACCAAAUGCUUUAAGUGUGGGAAGUCAGGCCACACACGAAACGAGUGUCCACUUAAGGGACCCAUAUGUUUUGGUUGCGGGGAACCGGGCCAUUUCAAGAGUGAUUGCCAAAAGUUGAAAACUGGGGGAAGUCAAGGAAGAAGAGAGGGCGCCCCAAAAGCAACCGGUCGAGCCUUCCAGAUGACGAGAGAAGAAGCUAAAGCGUCGACGGAUGUAGUGUCGGGUACGUUCCUUGUUAACUCUGUACCUGCUCACGUACUUUUUGAUUCCGGUGCUUCAUGUUCUUUUGUGUCUAGAACAUUCUACCAACUCUUGCAUACGCCUCCUAGUACUCUAGAAGAUGACUUGACUAUCGAACUAGCAAAUGGUAGUAGGGUUCUGGUACACGAGGUUGUUAGGGAUUGCGUGUUGGGAAUCGAGGGAGAAGAAUUUCGGGUGGACCUUAUACCCAUGACAAUCGGCAGGUUCGACAUCAUCAUUGGAAUGGACUGGCUAGCAAAGAAUCAAGCAGAGAUCUUAUGUUUUAAGAAAUUAAUUCGAAUUCCUUUGUCGAGCGGGGGCGUGGUGCUAGUUUAUGGAGAAAGGAAGAAGGGGGACGUAGUACUCCUAUCGGUGGCAAAGGCGCGCAAAUGCUUAGCUAAGGGGUAUCCCUCAUUCAUAGCAUACGUAAUGGAUGCCAAGCUAAAGAAAAAAAGGAUUGAGGAGGUGAACGUGGUCAACGAGUUUCUUGAUGUCUUCCCAGAAGAUUUACCCGGGUUACCACCAGUUAGAUAG